AUGGCAAAUGUUGCGGCUGUGUUGGAAACUCAAAAGUCAUUGGAGGCUAUGCUGUUGAAGAAGAUGAGUGACAUGGAAGCUCAGUUAAGAUCGGUAUCCCCCAUGCAGGAUACAGACAAAAUCAGUCGGAUUGAGGAAGAGUUUAAGUGCUUUAAGGAUCUUGUUUUCAACGCUUUUUCUUUACUUCAUCAACAAAUCAAUGAGAUUCUUACAAGGCAUCUUGGACUAACGGAUUUUAAGAGUGCGAAUUUAAAAAUCUGCUAUAGGCUGGGUCGCUUUGGCGAAGGGCACUCACGCCCUAUUGUUAUUCACUUUGCAAAUGAGGCAUCCAAGUUAACAGUUUGGAAAAAUAAAACUAAAUUUAAGGGCUCAUCUCUGGUUGUACGUGAAUUUUUAACAAAAAUUCGUCAAGCAACAUUCAAGGCCGCUCGAGAUCACUUUGGCAUGAGCAACGCUUGGACAUUGGAUGGAAAUGUGUGUAUUUUAACUCCUGAUGGCAAUAGGAUACGCCUUACAACAAUGCAGGAACUGGACAACAUCACACCAAAGUUCCUGAAACCUUCUACUUCUGCUAGGGUAAUUGAUUCUGCCAUAUCUCCAACUACUAAGACGGUCCAAACUCGGGCAAGACGGGUAAAUAAAAAGAAUUAG